UUUCGUCUUUCCACCUCCAUAUCAUCGAUUACCGCCAUAUUGAAUGAUAUACACAGUUAAUGACCCUUCACUCUACUCUACGCACUAAACCCAACUUGUUGAUCGAAAACCCUAAUCGUUCAUUGAAAUCUUGCAUUUGAUCAUCAACCGCAAUCGUAAGUUUGAAUCCACGAGGAUGGUCCAAAUGUGGGAAAUCAGGCCAAGAAAUCAGUGUUUUGAUGCAAUCCGAAUUUACGAAGGAUAUCCCACGAUGUUCACUAUUGAGCUCCAUCAUGGAGGGAGGUUCACAAAAUUCCCAGGGAUAAGCUACAUUGAAGGAAAAUUAGACCACAUUGACUUGGUAGACAUGGAUGAGUUCUCUGUGCAUGAGUUGGACGAGGUGAUGCUGAAGCUUGGUUAUGAUGUACCACCAGUCAUUUACUACCACUAUCAAUUGCCAAAUGGAGAUUUGGAGUUUGGUCUUAGAGCUCUAGGGAAUGAUAUUGAUGUACUUAGUCUUGCACAGUACAUUGAACAUCAUAAGAUCAUCAAGGUAUACACUGAACAUAAUGAAACUAAGUUACUUACAUACUUUAUGUCUCCAAGAGUUAAACCUAGGGUCAUAAUUGAGGAAAUAGCAGAUGAUGUGCCCACUGCAACUGUUGGUGAUCAAGAUGUCCCAAAUCUUGAAUUGUGUUUAGUAAGAUAUGAGACACCCGAAUACAAUUCAAAUAAGAGAUUGAGGUUAGUUGAUGGGAGUCAAUCAUGUAGUAAGAAAUUGUGUUUCAACUUGGAACACACUGCAACUGUUGGUGAUCAAGAUGCACAUGUUGAAAUUGGUAAUGAAGGUGCAAAUAUUAGUGAGCAAGGUGCAACUGUUAGUGGUCAAGAUACACAUGUUGAAAUUGGUAAUGAAGGAGCAAAUGUUAGUGAUCAAGGUGCAGCUGUUGGUAAUCAAGAUACAGAAGUUCAUGAUCAAGGUGCAAAUGUUGGUGACCAAGAAGUAAAUACAAGAGAGUUUGAUACCUUUGAUGACCAACCAUUUCAAUUUGAAGACUUUGAUCCUUUCUUUGAUCAAUAUACUUUUAAUGAUGGUAAUGAUCAGAGUAUGGGUGUUGGUGCAGAACUUGGCACAGGACUAGGGGAAGUUCAAUUUGAAAGUGAGGGAGUUUGUGAAGGACUUGGUGAAGGAGGUAGUGAAGGGGGUAGUGAAGGGAGUGAGGAAGACAGUGAUUUUCUUGAAGAUGAAGAAAACUAUGUAAGUGAUAUUGAGGUGGACAUGAGUGAUUUCUAUAUGAAUGUUGAUCUAGAUGUUGAAUAUGUUGACAGAGGAAAAGGUGUUGAGACUGAAAAUGAAGUUGUUGAUACAGAAGAUGUUGAAGAUGUUGAAGUAAUUGAUAAUGAUGAAUGGGACUCAUUAGGUGAAGAUAGUGAUGAUGAAAGAAGGAAAGCAAUAUUAAAACAGAUGGUGAAGGAGAAGAAGUGCUCUCUUGGUGAAGUCCAUACAGUUACUUUUCAAGUGGGUCAAAAGUAUAAAAGUAAAAAGGAAAUUAAGAACAAAGUCAACAAACUUGCCAUUGAGACUAGAAGGAAUCUUGGCUUCAAGAAAAACGACAAAACAAGGCUUAGGGUUGUGUGUAAAGGUAAUGUACCUAAUGUAAAUGCAAGUGGGGUGAACCUGAAAAACUUACCAGAAAGUUUGUUAGUGUUAGGUGUGGGAAAUGCAACAAUAGGGGUCAUAACUCAAGGACGUGCAAGGGUCAAGGUGGGAAUGCAGGAAGAAAUGAAGGAGGGAAUGCAGGAAGCAGUCAAGGAGGGAAUGCAUGAUGCAGUCAAGGAGGGAAUGGAGGUAGCAGUCAAUGCAGGAAUUAGUGUAUUUUGUUUAAAAACUUAUCUUUUGGUUUAG